UCAAAACAUUGCUGCAUUUUGGUUCUUUCGGGUUUGUCACAAAAUUGUUCAUUGUAGGCAAUAAAUUUCACUUCAAAAUUGGCGUUAUACAAUCAACGAAUCGCCCAAGAAGCAACAGUGCCAGCAAGCUUCGACGGAAACCAACAAAAAUGGCUAUUGGGCGGUACCAACAUCUGUACAAACGAAACUGUGUAGGAAUGCUGCCUAUCUUUUGUUCUUUUCUGGCUGGAGUGUUUCUAACCAUACUGAUCGGUGGAACACGACAAACUUGCGAAACCACCGGAAGAUUAUACGAGCCGGAAAAUUCCUACUUUCUAAUGCUGCUGGUUGUGACUGCACCGGGUAACAUCGAACGCCGAAAUGCGAUAAGAGAGACGUAUUUGAACCUGAGACCCAGAAUGUUGAACGAAAGCUACCAGGAUGAAGUUAUUUAUGUGCCACUGCACGACGACCGGGAACAACUGCAACUGGAGACGACUCAACAGCAACGGGAACUGCUAGAGGCCUAUCAAAGGUGGCGGCAGAAAAAAAUCAAAAAUAUCAAAGUUAUCAACUUCAAAGUGAAAACGUUGUUCGCUAUUGGAACAUACGGUCUUUCUAGGAGCGAACGAAAAGUCAUCUAUGAAGAGCAGCGAGUGUACAAUGAUGUGUUGGAGUUAGAAGAUCUGCAGGAUUCGUAUGCGAAUUUGACCACUAAAAUCAUUAGAAGUAUGAGUCAUAUCGACGCGGUGUAUGACUUCAAAUAUUUAAUGAAACUGGACGACGACAGUUAUUUGAAGUUGGACCUCUUAUCGGAAGAUUUACUUAGCUACUAUGAAAAGCUCCAUAAAGUACAAAUGAUUCAUCACAAUCCAAUCGAGUUGUACUGGGGCUACUUCAAGGGUGGAUCCACAAUUCAACAGCGUGGACAGUGGAAGGAAUCCAACUACAAACUGUGCGAUCGUUAUCUUCCCUAUGCGCUGGGAGGGGGAUAUGUUUUAUCUAAAAACCUUAUCUCUUUCAUCGCUGCGUACGGUUCUUCACUAAAUGCCUACAAAAGUGAGGACAUGGCAAUGGGAACGUGGCUAGCUCCAUUCGCAACCAUUCACAGGCGUCACGAUGUCCGCUUUGAUACGGCGUGGCUACCGAGAAAGUGUCAGGAUUACCAUCUUGUUCUACACAAACGCACGGCACAACAGAUGAGGGAAAUCUACAACGGUCAGCUAUGCAGCCAUGAAGAACAACAAACGCAGGACACACAGCGGCCGAAAGAGUAUUUUUACGAUUGGAACGUUCCACCAUCACAGUGUUGUAAGAUUUUAGUUUAAAAAAAUCAUGUCCAUCGUCAGUAUUGUUUUAGCCUUGGAGUUUUAGUUUAAGAUCAUGUGAUAAGAGAAUGCCGACAUCGGCGCGACGCAUUAAUUUACACUAGUGCAGCUUAAGAUGGUAGCAAUAUGCGACACAACCCGUUUGUAAAUACUUAACAGAACAGUAAUAAUUGUAAACAUAGAGACAGCAACCGAUUUUCCGCGAGUAAUCGAGACACAUUACG